UGGGUAAACUUUGUACCGCGUACACCAACAAACAGAACAGGACGACCAGGACGACCCCGCUAAUUGGGCAACAGUGGGCAACGUUGUAAGAGCCAGAGAUCGUUAUUUUGUUGCAGGUGUGCCAGGAAGGGUAGCAGAGCCUCCCCCAAACUCCAAACCCCAAGCAACAACAGUUCGGCAUCCAUAGCUAGCUAAUGCGUUUGCCUACUUGCCGCCAUUUUGUCGCCAAGUCGGUCUACUAUGUACACUUACACGGAGCUGUCGUCAUCGGGCAGCAUCGAUAGCUUUGGUAGGGAAGAAGGAGAGGAUGACGCCGCCGUAAAUGGGAAUGAUAAAACAUAAUUUUGCCACAAUUUAGCAGACAAUUUGUUCGUCAAGCGAUCAAGGGAGGGAAACCCAGAAGGGGAGUUGUGUUCGAAGCAAGAGGAGAGAUUUGAGUGAGGUUCAUUAGCGAAAGCAUGUAAAAUGGAAGGGAAGGUUCUUUCUCGCCCAUCAAAGUAGCCUAGGUUCCUCCUAUUCAGAGCUAGCUGUGAGAACGAGAGAGAGAGAGAAAGAGAUUGAGAGAGAGUGAGAGAGCGCAUUUAAGGAUCGUCAAUCACAGCUUCUCGGGAAGGGGAUGAUGAUUCGCCUAAGGAUUCGCUUCCCUCCGCCCGGUUGCGCUGUAUAUAAUGGGUUCUUCCGGUACAUGCCCGUGUGCGAGGAGGGACUGCCAGGACAAACGACGACUCCUCAUUCAACCGUCAGUCGUCGGUGUGCAACGGUAGCAAAAGGAUGCAAAGCGCGCAAAGCGCAUCAAUCCAGCACGGGGUGACGGAUUGACAAGGUUGUUCGUUCAGUGUGUGGGUUCGUAAGUGGUGGAAACAGUGCUGAAGUGUGAAGUUGUGAGCAUCAAUUUUCCGAAUUUCCACUCACUUCAAAUGUGCACAGCCGACCACCGUGGCAUGGCAUCGUCCGUCCAGGCACAUCUGGCACGUGCGGGCGGCUACGGCACGAAGGAUCAACUGCCGGCGGCAAUCGGUGCGCGCUGCAAAUCGCCCUCCGCUACAGCAAUUGCCGUCAAGACACCGUUCUCGAUCGAGGACAUACUGUUCCAGAACGAUGGUGCCGGUGGUGGUGGUGGUAGUGUUGCUAGUGUAGGACAUCCGAACAGUCCGUCCCGGGAGCGUUUGGGAGGAGGCUCGGUGCGAACGGUUCCAUCAUCACCCGGUGCUGGUGAUCAACGGUCCCUCGAAUCGGACGGUGACGAAUCGGAACUGGACGAUACUUUGGCCGAGGUGGUGCUGCCCAGUGGUGCUACAAGCGGUCACGAGCGUAGCAAGAGCUCUUGUGAGUUUAGUGAAGUGGGAGACAGUGCGCAGCGUGGUGGAAAUCAAAGUCAGAGUGGUGGAAAUAGUACCAAAGCAAGCGGUGACGUUGUUGGUGGUGGUGCAGUGCGUGGAAAAACAGGCGGACCGGAUGGGAAUGGAUUGGUUCGGAACGGUGAGGAGCAGCAGUAUCGGAAGGCGACGGUGUUACAUUCGGAAAGAUUUGCCAGCAAACUAAACUUGGACCCAAGCACCCCACAGCAGUCAUCGCCUGUGACCGUACCACCACCCAGAAUCCAGCAUCCACCACCACCGCCACCUGCCGCACCGCCAGCCCCUCCAGUGAGCAGUUCCGGCGGUCCCGUUCAGUUCACCAGCGGACCGUCGGCCGGCGUCAUGUACACCACCAACCCGUACAGCGAUCCGGGCUAUCUGCAGAUGGCACUCGGCGCCUAUCUUGCCCCAUCGGCCACUGGCUACAAAACGGUCGAUCCGUACUUUCUUUCGCAAGGAAUAUUUGCCAGCUCACCACUCUUUCCCGGUGCCGGCUGUCCCGACAUUGCCCUCGGGUUGGGAAUGGGCAUGAGUGCGCUGCGUCACUGCCGACGCCGGAAAGCUCGCACCGUGUUCAGUGAUCCGCAGCUUACGGGGCUGGAGAAGCGCUUCGAAGCACAACGCUACUUAUCGACACCCGAACGUGUCGAACUGGCCUCGGCACUGGGGCUAAGCGAGACGCAAGUGAAAACCUGGUUCCAGAACCGUCGCAUGAAGCACAAGAAGCAGCUACGGCGACGUGAGGUCAACGCUGCCGAUAACAACGGCUCUAGCGGCACUGGAGCGACUGCAGGCGGAAGCAGCACCAACUCAUCCACAUCAUCUUCUUCCUCCUCCUCCCUGUCGUCCACCUCAAGCCGGCUACACGGACCGCCGGCAGCGCCCUCGUCCGGCUCGGCCACUUCCACCGCGUCGUCUUCCUCGUCCGGGUCGUCGGGACCACCACCGGCAGAGCGGAGUAGCUUCACCUCCUACAGCAAUGGCAAGGGCACAACCGGUCUAUCCCACGGCGGUGCCAAACCACCACCAAGCUCCACGUCUUCCUCGGGCUCCUCGUCCUCGGCGAGUGGUGUGCUAAAGCCGUUACCCAGCGCCAGUAGCGGCUCGAUGCACUCCUCCUUUAGCUUAGUGAAACGGUCAGCAGCAGCGGCGGCGGCGGCCGCAGCAGCUACGGCAGCAGCAGCCGCCCUAGGGCCGGGUGGAAAUGGUUCGCUUCAUCAUCCCUUCCAUCCCAAUCAUCAUUCACAUCCUCAUCAUCCACAUCAUCUUCAUCAUCAGCAGCAGCAGCAGCAACAUCAAGGUGGCCAUCAUCAUCUAUUGGCCGCACAUCAUCUGACACAGCUAGGAGGGCAGCCUCCGUCCGGCGGCAACCACAACCACCACCACCACCGUACGCCACCGUCAAGUGACGAUGAGCUCAUGAAUGACAGUGAUUCCGACUGCAGUGAUGUGGACAUUGUAGGGGACGAUCAGGGUUAUCUGACGUAAGGACUAAAAAUGAUUGAAACAAAAAAAAAACAGGUGCAAAAGGGGCAAACAAAAACCAAUGGACGGUUGUGUGUUUUUAAAUGCAAUGUGAAAUGCGUUUUGUUCAAGAAGGUUCGAAUCGGUUCUAGAAAGUGAGUUUAUUUUAUGUAGAAAAACUAGAUAUUCUUUCCAUUGGCAAUAAAAAUACAGAAAAAUGGCAAACAAUCGUAAAAGAAAGAACAAACCAUUAAAAAACGUUUAAUUUACAGACACAGAAUAGGAGAAAUACCAAAGAAACAAAAGGGAAAGUGAACUUUUAAGCGUAAACCCCAAUUUCUAGUCGAAAAGUGUGCAAAAACCAAAGAGGAGAAAAACUUCAAUAAAAUAAAUUAAAU